AGGUUAGAGAGUAGUUUGCAGAGCACAGCCUGCGGCUAAACGGGUGCACAAGACAAUGCAAAUCCCAAUUUUUACGGUUGAUGCAUUUACAAACCGGCCAUUUUCUGGAAAUCCCGCGGCAGUUUGUCUGCUUGAAAAUGACUUGGAUGAAGAUUUGCACCAAAAAAUUGCAACAGAAAUGAACCUUUCAGAAACAGCUUUCAUCAGAAAACUGAAACCUGGAGAUGACUUUACCAAAAGUUCCUGCUUUGGGCUCAGGUGGUUCACCCCAGCCAAUGAAGUUCCUCUCUGUGGUCAUGCUACUCUUGCAUCAGCUGCUGUGUUAUUUCAUGUACAAAAAAAUACAAAUUCAGUUCUCACAUUUGUGACACUGAGUGGGGAAUUAAAGGCCAGACAAGUGAAAGAUCAUAUUGUCCUGGACUUGCCACUUUACACAGCCUAUCCCCAGGAACUUAAGGAAGUAGAAGAAUUAAUAAAGGCAGCUGUUGGUGACAUGAUUGUUCAAGAUGUUCGUUACUCUCCCGACACAAAGAAGCUCUUAGUCCGCCUCAGUGAUACUUAUGAAAGGUCUGUGUUGGAAGACUUGAAAGUGAGUGCACAACGAUUUUUGUCAGCUGAAAAGACAGGAAAAGUGAAAGGACUCAUUCUCACUGUUAAGGGAAAUUCCAGUGGAACAGGCCAUGAUUUUUACUCCAGAUAUUUUGCACCUUGGUAUGGAGUUCUGGAAGACCCCGUUACAGGAUCUGCUCAUGCUGUUUUAAGCAGCUACUGGUCAGAGCAGCUGGGGAAGAAAGAAAUGCUUGCUUUUCAAUGUUCCCGCCGUGGAGGAGAGUUGAAGAUUUCCGUGCGCACUGACGGAAGAGUUGACAUUGCGGGGCAAACUGCUGUUGUGUUAAAAGGAAACCUGACUUUCUGAAAGAACUGGCACUAAUCUCCCUCUUCUCUCACUAAUCUUUAGGUUACUCUGAUUAUGCUGAUUUUAUCUCAAUUCUGGGCAGUGAAUUAACAGAAUAACAGCAGUACUAUUCUCAAAAGGCUUUGAUUACUCAUUGUCCAUUCUUAAAAAUUGCUUGGAAGUACUUCUGAUCUUCAAGAUCCUCGGUAUUCUUCACUUCCAUCUUGCCACUUCCUAUGGACACUGACCUUUGAAAGUGUUCAAGUGCAGCUGUCUUGUUUUUCUGCUUUUAAAUUAUUUUUCUCUUUAUUUCCAAAUUCCAUGCUAAAAGCCCUUACUGCUUCCUGGACUAAACUGUAAGCAUCUGUCUGAGAAUUGAAAUUUCAUGAAAUCUGAAUUAAUAAAAAAAAAUAAUUUUUUUUUCAGCUGUAUAUUGAAAUGACAGCCAUGGUCAUUAACUUGCUUGAAUUAAAUGAUGAAAAUAUAUAAAUGGUUUAGAAAUGUGCCUUGUGGUUCUCUUUUAUGAACAGUAUUUUGCAAAGUUGAAU